CGAUGGGCGAUAGAUAGCGACGCUAGGCAAAGUCUGGAGUCUAGACAGUUUCCACAGAUAGAGGUUGCAGAACGGAAAUCGUGCUAGUCAUGGCGGGCCGAUCGACAACCGUUAUGAGGUCAAGAGCUCUCCCUACUGGUACUCACCUCCUCUCCAUACCUUGCUUCUGAAUGCUUCACCUAUCAUAAUGAGCGAAAAUUUCCGUGAUAUCUCCCCUAUCUGCCCUAUUGUUUGUCUCGCAUUUUUUUUUCUUUUAGAAAAAGAAAAUAAUAGAAGUCCACUUGUGUACCCACCACUCGAAUUACAACACCUGGAUCAGUCCAGGUCAUUUACCAUGGACUGUCCGGUCGAGCUCAAUAUAUGGAGUAGCUUCCCAGCUUCCCGGACACGGAGAAUAAAGCCGAGAAGUCAUGUGCAUGGGGAGUUCGAGCUCGGCAAAUUAGAAUCUCCCAUAUGGAAAGAUGAUCUGAGAGAAUGGUUCUAGCGUGAUGUUGACGAGGAAUUUUUGAUGAUCGAAAUGACUUUCUGACUUUGUACGAUUUCCAGUGAGGGUCAAGGGAUGCAAAGAAGCCAACAGAAGGCGAGUCGGAUAAUCCGGUCUCACUCCCCUCUCCAAAU